UUCUCCGUCGCUUGAUGCUUUAUUGGGCUCUGCCGCGUGGUGGCAACCUGCUAACGCUGCCAUACACGCGCAUGCAGGACGCAGACCGACAGUCAGUCCUGGAUUCUCACAAGGAACAGUGGACGCUGCCUUUAAAGCGUAAAGACCGGGCUCCUCCGCUGCGGAUGAUGGUUAUUUUAAGUUUUUCUCCCACUCCCCUUCUCCCUAUACUUCCCGCGUAAUUUACCACUACCACUGAGUGAAUAGAUUAAUUUAUACCAAAGGAAUUGCCGGACCUGAUGUGGGAAUAGGCUUUGGAAACUUUGGCUUCUCAUGAGGGGAGUAUCGCGGAUGUUGCUCGAGCACGUAACAAGGAGCGAGACGGUUCUCUCUCGCGCUCUCCCAUAUUCAAAACUACCAGAGAGAAUCAGACUCACCAUCAACAAAGGAUAAACUUCACGAUGAACUUUUAUGGAAAGGGGAAAACUAUUGCAGAUUAAAUUGUUGCCUUUGCCUACAUUGACAUUGUAUGUUUUAACUUGCUCCGAUGCAGGUGCAGUGAGAAUUUGAACGGCCUAUGAUUGAAUUCUGCUCUGCAAUCUGAAAAUGAUUUUUUCAAAGGAACACAGAUAGGUUCAAGCUGUUUUCUUGCAAUUCGUAAUAGGUAGAAAUAGGUUUGCCCCCUUGCAAUACAGACUGAAACCCACGACUGUCAGUGAGUGUAUGGUACAAUUUUGUUCAAACAUAAAAAGCUAUAGUGUGUAUUUUUAUCCACAGGGGAAACGUUUAAAAUGAAAAAAAUACGUUGCUGAAUGACUGCGUUAUUGCAUAAACCUACCGAUAAUUGAAUUUUUGAGCUAAUAUAUUUGUUGACAUUCUUUACCUCGUAUGUGUGACGGCAAAGCUUUAAAUUGACCCGCUUCACGUAUCGUUCCUUCUGAGCAGUUGGCGCUUGUUGGAUAGCUUGUUCUCGCUCGAGCGCCCGGAGAUUGCCCGGUUUCAGCGGCAACAGCGUUCACGGAGAGAGGACAGUAAACAGCAUCCACACCGGCACACAGAGAACUCUUGGAAGACUUGGUCAGCACCACAGCAGAGCAACAUGCAUCCAGUGUGCCUGACACACGCUGCGCAUUUAGUCCGGCUGGGGACAAUGGUUGGGGAUUCGCCUGGAUUGAGGUGGCGUGCCACAUGGAUUUUAUUGUUUUCUCUGUUUGUCCACUACACAACAGCUCAAGAUGACGUGCCGCCCUACUUUAAGACGGAGCCGGUGCGGAGCCAGUUGCACCUGGAGCGUAACAGGCUGGUGUUGACGUGUAUGGCAGAGGGGAGCUGGCCCCUGGAGUUCAAAUGGAUCCACAAUGGCACUGAGCUCACACGUUUCUCACAGGAGUACAGGUACUUGAUUCCCUCCCUGGACCGUUCCCAUGCUGGCUUCUACCAAUGUAUCAUCAGGAACCGUGUUGGAGCCUUACUACAGAGGAGGACUGAAGUUCAGGUUGCAUUUAUGGGCGGUUUUGAGGAGGGUGAGCGCGCCCAGUCGGUCUCUCAGGGGGAGGGGGCAGUGGUUCCUGCUCCACGCAUCAGGAGCUUUCCCCAGCCGCAGGUCACAUGGUUCAGAGACGGACGCAAGAUACCGCCCAGCAGCCGCAUAGCCAUUACUCUGGACAACACUCUGGUCAUCCUGUCCACGGUGGCCCCUGAUGCUGGACGUUACUACGUACAGGCUGUCAACGACAAGAACGGCGAAAACAAGACCAGCCAACCCAUAACCCUUUCUGUCGACAAUGUUGGUGGGCCUGCAGACCCCAUUGCCCCCACCAUAAAUCCCCCAACAAACACCAGUGUAGUGUCAGGCACGUCUGAAGUCACCAUGGAGUGUGUCGCGAACGCAAGACCACUGAUCAAACUCAGCAUCACAUGGAGGAAGAACAGGGUUCUGGUCACCAGUGGUCUGAGUGACUUCAACCGCAGACUGACCAUUAUCGGCCCUGUGGUCAGUGACUCAGGGUUCUAUGAGUGUGAGGUGGUCCUCCGCAGCAGCAGUGUGCCUUCUGUCAAUGCUGGGGCCUACCUUCAUGUUCAAGAGCCUCCCCAGUUUGUUAAGGAACCAGAGAAACACAUCAUUGCUGAGAUGGAGAAAGUGGUGGAUAUCCCCUGUCAGGCACGAGGUGUGCCUCAACCAGACAUUGUGUGGUAUAAGGAUGCGAUGCCCAUCAGCCCAGUGAAAACCCCCAGGUAUAGGGUGUUAGUGGGGGGCAGUUUGCAGGUCAACGGCCUUCUUCCUGACGACACAGGGAUGUUCCAAUGCUUUGCACGGAAUCUGGCAGGAGAGGUGCAGACCAACACCUACCUGGCUGUCACUAGCAUCGCCCCUAACAUCACAGCUGGACCAUCUGACAGCACGGUGAUUGACGGCAUGUCAGUCAUUCUCCACUGUGAAACAUCAGGAGCACCAAGACCAGCUAUCACCUGGCAGAAAGGUGAGCGUGUUCUGGCCAGUGGUUCUGUUCAGCUGCCCAGGUUCACCUUGCUGGAGUCUGGCAGCCUGCUCAUCUCCCCAUCCCACAUAUCAGACGCUGGCACCUACACCUGCAUGGCCAGCAACUCCCGGGGCAUAGACGAGGCUGCUGCUGACCUUGUGGUGUGGGCUCGCACCCGUAUCAACACACCCCCACAGGACCAGAGUGUCAUCAAAGGCACCAAGGCCACUGUGACCUGUGGAGUUACACACGACCCCAGUGUCACGGUCAGGUAUGUGUGGGAGAAGGAGGGCUUGGUCAUCAACGCCCAGUCUAUCCCUCGUAUCCGGCUGGACCCGGAUGGUACCCUCCACAUCUCCCAGACCUGGUCAGGUGACAUCGGGACCUACACCUGUAGGGUUAUGUCGGUAGGAGGCAACGACUCACGCAGCGCACACCUCCGAGUCAGACAGCUGCCCUAUGCUCCAGAGAACCCUGCGGCUCUGCUAAGUUCUUCAGAGAAGAGGGCCAUUAACCUGACCUGGGCCAAGCCCUUCGACGGGAACAGCCCCCUGCUUCGCUACAUCCUGGAGGUCUCUGAGAACAACGCUCCCUGGGCUAUCCUCCUGGCCAACAUAGAGCCUGAGUCGACAGCAGUGACCGUCAGUGGACUCAUCCCAGCACGCUCCUACCAGUUCCGCCUGUGUGCCGUCAACGACGUGGGCAAGGGCCAGUUCAGCAAGGAGACUGAUCGUGUAUCUCUACCAGAGGAACCUCCCAGUGCCCCUCCCCAGAAUGUGAUCGCCAGCGGCCGCACCAACCAGUCCAUCAUGAUCCAGUGGCAGCCCCCACCAGAGAGCCACCAGAACGGGGUUCUCAGGGGCUACAGCGUCCGGUAUCGUCUAACAGGUCUUCCAGUGGACUACCAGAGUAAGAACAUCUCCAAACCCGACGUUACCAACAUUCUCCUGGAGGACCUGAUCAUCUGGACCAACUAUGAGAUAGAGGUGGCAGCCUACAACAGGGCGGGGCUAGGAACCUUCAGCCACAAGGUCACUGAGUGGACGCUGCAGGGAGUGCCGACUAUAGCCCCCAGUAAAGUUCAGGUGGAGGCCGUCAAUUCCACGACCAUCCGUAUCACCUGGGCCGCCCCUAACCCUCAGUUUAUCAACGGGAUCAACCAGGGAUACAAGCUGUUGGCAUGGGAGCCAGGUCAGGAAGAGGAGGUCACCAUGGUUACAGUGAGACCUAACUUCCAGGACAGUGUGCAUGUGGGCUACGUGACGGGGCUGAAGAAGUUCACAGAGUACUACAGCUCUGUGCUGUGUUUCACUACGCCGGGAGACGGCCCCCGCAGCCCUGCUAACGGCCUGAGGACACAUGAAGACACUCCUGGGGCGGUGGGUGACCUGAGCUUCACAGAGAUCCUCGACACGUCUCUCAAAGUGAGCUGGAGAGAACCUGAAGAGAAGAACGGAGUCCUCACAGGGUACCGUAUCUCAUGGGAGGAGUUUAACCGCACCAACACACGGGUGACCCACUACCUCCCCAACGUGACCCUGGAGUACCGCGUCACAGGGCUGACUGCCCUCACCACCUACACCAUUGAGGUGGCCGGCAUGACCUCCAAGGGCCAGGGAAAACUGUCCUCCUCCACAAUCUCAUCUGGAGUACCUCCAGAGCUGCCUGGUCCUCCCACCAACAUGGCCAUCUCCAACAUUGGCCCUCGAUCCAUCACUCUCCAGUUCAAACCCGGCUACGAUGGAAAGACCUCCAUCUCUCGCUGGCAGGUAGAGGCCCAGGUCAGUGUGAUAGGAGACAAUGAGGACUGGGUGAUUGUUCACCAGCUGCCCAACGAGCCUGAUGCCCGAUCCCUGGAGGUGCCAGGACUAAACCCAUACACAUUUUACAGGUUCCGUAUGCAUCAGGUGAACAUUGUGGGGACUAGUCCUCCCAGUCAGCCCUCCAGGAAGAUCCAGACCUUGCAGGCCCGUCCAGAUAUGUUCCCCGCUAACGUCACCCUGCGCACGGCCAGCGAGACCAGUCUGUGGCUCCGAUGGGUGCCCCUACCAGAGUGGGAGUACAAUGGGGACCCAGAGGUGGUAGGCUACCGGGUCCAGUAUUCCCGCACAGGCUCCCAGGGUAGGGCGCUGACCCAUGUGAUCGCUGACCGGCUGGAGAGGGAGUUCACCAUCGAGGACCUGGAGGAGUGGACAGAGUACGAUGUCAGGGUUCAGGCUCUCAACGGCAUCGGGGCCGGGCCCUGGAGCCAGCCUGUCAGAGGAAGGACCAGAGAGUCUGUCCCCUCCUGUGGUCCCACCAACGUGUCAGCCUUUGCCACAACCUCCAGCAGUAUCCUGGUGCGCUGGUUUGAAGUACCAGAACCAGACCGGAAUGGGCUGAUCUUGGGAUACAAGGUGUUGUAUAGGGAGAAGGACUCUGACUCGUCCCUCCAGUUGUGGACAGUGGAUGGGAACGCCAGCCACAGUGUCCAGCUGACUGGUCUGGGGAAAUACGUCCUCUAUGAGAUCCAGGUCCUGGCCUUCACCCGCAUCGGAGACGGCAUGCCCAGCUCACCACUCAUACUGGAGAGAACUCUGGACGACGUGCCCGGCCCUCCAGUGGGCAUCCUGUUCCCUGAGGUCCGGACCACCUCGGUGCGUCUCAUCUGGCAGUCCCCGUCUCAGCCUAAUGGUAUCAUCCUGGCCUAUCAGAUCACGUAUCGUCUGAACUCGACCAAUAGCAACGCGGCCACAGUGGACGUCUUAAACCCGAGUGCUCGCCAGUACAUGGUGACUGGCCUGAAACAAGAGUCAGUGUACGUGUUCCGCAUCACAGCCCAGACACGCAAGGGCUGGGGGGAGGCUGCAGAGGCACUGGUGGUCACUACCGAGAAGAGAGUUCGCCCUCAGCCCACCGGUCGUCCCAUGGUGCCCCAAGAGAAUGUUCAGGCCCGCAGCGUGUUGUUGUCAUGGGAACCAGGCAGCGAUGGCCUCUCUCCGAUCCGCUACUACACCGUGCAGCUGAGAGAACUGCCCGACAGCAACUGGACCGUCCACUCUGCCUCGGUCAACCACGAGUCUAGCUUCUACAUAGUUGGCAGGCUGAAGCCCUUCAUCUCCUACCAGUUUAGAGUGAAAGCCACCAACGACAUAGGAGACAGUGAAUACAGCGGGGAGAGUGAAGUUAUCACCACACUACAGGACGCCCCUGACGAAGCCCCCACAAUCCUCUCUGUCACACCACACACAACUACAUCCGUGCUGAUUCGCUGGCAGCAUCCGUCUGAGAAGAAGAUUAACGGUAUCCUCCUGGGUUUCCGAAUACGAUACCGGGAGCUCAUGUACGACCGCCUCCGCAGCGUCUCCGUACGCACCGCCAACAGCCCCUCCAAUACAUGGACCGAGCUCAACUCCCCCUACAGCGUGAGAAACCUGAGCGAGUCCUCUCUCACCCAGUAUGAGCUGGAUAACCUGAGCAAACACAAGCGCUAUGAGAUCAGGAUGAGUGUGUAUAACGCCGUGGGGGAGGGACCAACCAGCACACCACAGGAGGUGUUUGUAGGAGAAGCAGUACCCACCGCCCCACCUCAGAACGUGGCCAUCCAAUCAGCAACGGCCACCCAGCUGGACGUGACGUGGGAGCCUCCUCCAUUGGACUCUCAGAACGGAGACAUCCAGGGAUACAAGGUGUACUUCUGGGAGAUCCAGCACAAGAAUGAGACGGAGAGACUGCGCACCCUGUUCCUGCCAGAGGGAGGGGUCAAGCUGAAGAACCUGACUGGAUACACCACCUACAUGAUCAGUGUGGCCCUCUUCAACGCAGCAGGGGACGGGCCCCGAAGCCCACCAACCAGGGGCCGUACACAACAGGCUGCCCCCAGCGCUCCCAGCUUCAUCCACUUCAGUGAGCUGACUACCACGUCGGUCAACGUGUCCUGGGGUGAGCCCACCUACCCCAACGGCAUUCUAGAGGGCUACAGGCUGGUCUACGAGCCCUGCACCCCUGUUGACGGCGUCAGUAAGAUAGUGACGGUGGACGUCAAAGGGGCCCCGUUCUGGAUGAAGAUCAAGGACCUGGCUGAUGGGGUGACCUACAACUUCAGGAUCCGGGCCAAGACGUUCACAUACGGGCCUGAGGUGGAGGCUAACAUCACCAUGGGGCCUGGGGAAGGAGCCCCGGGCCCCCCUGGAGAGCCUUUCAUCUCCCGGUACAGCUCAGCUCUUACCAUCCACUGGUCCAACGGUGACCCCGGGAGUUCGCCUAUCACACACUACGUCAUCGAGGCCAGACCUUCAGAUGAGGGCUUGUGGGAUAUCUUGAUCAAGGACAUCCCAAAGGAAGUGACGUCAUACGCCUUCAACAUGGACAUUCUGAAGCAAGGGGUUAGUUAUGACUUCCGGGUUAUUGGCGUGAACGAAUAUGGAUACGGGUCUCCUAGUCCACCCUCAGCCUCCAUAUCUGCCAAAAAGGUGGCGCCAUUCUACGAAGAGUGGUGGUUCUUGGUGGUGGUGGCCCUGGUAGGUCUUAUCUUCAUCCUCCUUCUGGUCUUCAUCCUCAUCAUCAGAGGUCAGAGCAAGAAGUACGCCAAGAAAUCUGACUCAGGGAACAACUCCAACUGUAAUGCCCUGACCCAUGGAGAUAUGGUCAGCCUGGACGAGGGACGCUUCCCGGCCCUGGAACUCAACAACCGACGGCUGUCCGUCAAGAACUCCUUCUGCCGUAAGAACGGUGUCUAUACCAGGUCUCCUCCUCGGCCCAGCCCAGGCAGUCUCAACUACUCUGACGAGGAUUUGAGCACCACCAAGUACAACGAUCUGAUCCCGGCUGAGAGCAGCAGCCUGACAGAGAAACCAUCUGAGAUAUCAGACUCUAAGGGCAGUGACAGUGAGUACGAAGUGGACCAGCACAGACAGAAGACACACUCCUUUGUGAGCCACUACAUCAGUGACCCCACCUACUACAACUCCUGGCGCCGCCAGCAGAAGGGCAUCUCCCGGGCACAGGCCUACAAUUAUACAGAAUCAGAGUCCGGUGACCCGGAGCCCUGCGCCCCGUCACCACCCCUGCCCCCGCUGCCACCCCAGCUCACCUCCACCACCCCUCUACCCCAGACCCAGACCCAGCCCCAUGGUCAACCCCAGGGCCAGGGUAGUCUGUUCCGGCCUAAAGGCAGUCGGACUCCCACCCCCUCUCAGCAGCUCUCCAACUCCACCCCUCCCAGCCACUCCAACACCCUGUCCUACUGGCCCCCCAGCAGCCCCAGCCCAGCCCCUGGAUCUCGGGCCCCCAUCGCCGGGUUCUCCUCAUUCGUUUGAUUCCGAGAGGGAUCUGUGUUCCCUUCUGAAAACAAAACCCACCCUGCUGCCCAACGUGUCUAGAGAGUAAAUACCCAACACAAAAGAAACCCUCAGAAUCCACCAUAUUGAUUUCUGUUUCUCUGAUUUUCUUACUUGUUUUUCUUCUUUCCUUUUUAUUACUGAGUUGUGUUUUAAGGAUCAUACUGUACACAGACAUGACAGAAGUUACAUACUUUAUUCCAGUACAUUGUUCCUCUUGUGUGCGUGUGCUGGUAUAGUUUUAUUUGUGUGCGUGUGCUGGUAUAGUUUUAUUUGUGUGCGUGUGCUGGUAUAGUUUUAUUUGUGUGCGUGUGCUGGUAUAGUUUUAUUUGUGUGCGUGUGCUGGUCUAGUUUUAUUUGUGUGAGUGUGCUGGUAUAGUUUUAUUUGUGUGCGUGUGCUGGUAUAGUUUUAUUUGUGUGCGUGUGCUGGUCUAGUUUUCUUUAACCCAUAGACAUCUGCUGAGAACAAGACAGUAUCUAUUCAUGUUUCUGUUUGAUUGAUUUGCAUGAGUUUCAAUGUAUUAUUUAUUUUCUCUUUUUCAUUGUUACACUUCUACACACAUACAACAAGAGAAUAAUUUAGUUAGAUACUGUAAAAAGGAAAGAGUUUAUUGGAAAAAAAUAUCGACAAGACGAUAAAAGUGUCAUAGCGUCAAUCCACACUCGGAUAACAAGCACCAAUGAAACUGGGAUCCCAAAAUGGAGCCAUACAAGCGAGUGAAAUGAGUAGAGUUUGAAGGACGGAAAGAGGAACAGGGUAUAGAAAAGACAAAGUAAUGAAAGUGAGGAGGAAGGGGGAGAUUGAGGCUGAAAUGAGCCCACUGGCAGUCGUUAAAUGCCCAGUCCUGUCCAAUUAGGUCAAUUAAGUUUCUGGGUGUUAAUGUGAGAUAUGUUAGUGACCUCCCCCUAUUUAACCUAUGGACCAUGAUCCUCAGCAGUUAUCUGGGCUGGCCUAUAGGGUACGCACUAUUGUGUCUGACAGCAUUCCAAUGUCACAGGCAGGUCACAUCUCUGUGCCGUACACCAAGUUCCUAGUUGCCUGCCCGCCUUGGCAGAUAUGGGAAAUGUACUGUAUGUCUGAAGUAAAAAUGUUGAGGUUGGUCUGCAAGUUCUUUGUGUCCUUUAGUGGAUCAGACAUGCCAUGGUUGAUUAUAACUAGGGGUUCAUAUUUCCCUGAAAAUGUUCCCUUACAAGCCAUUCUCAGGCAUCCCAGUAUUCCUGUUGAAAGCGGAAGUGCUAUUUAAAAGCAUAUAAUACCAGCGAAGGAAAUCUGACAUAAUUCUACCACUGAAAAAUAUACGCAGGAAUCUAACAGUUUCUUGAUUUUGUUUCAUUUUAAUCAACUAAAAGUUCUCGAAGUCACCACAAUAUUUUGUUGAUGUAAUCUAGUUUUAAUGUAGGCAUAUGAAGCACUGUUGGUCGGUUAUUACAGCCUAGUGAAAACGUAAUUCGUUUUAGCCUACCGGUGACGGAAAGCUUGUUGGUCCUUUCCUCUCACUAUUAUGGGAAUGAGGCCAAGUAGUGGUUACAUUUACAUUACAUUUAAGUCAUUUAGCAGACGCUCUUAUCCAGGUUGUUUUGACAACAGUUGAGUCAUUUAGCAGACUCUCUUAUCCAGAGGGACUUACAGGAGCAAUUAGGGUUAAGUGAAAUGCUCAUGGGCACAUCACAUUUUUCACCUCGUCGGCUCGGGAUUCAAACCAGCAAUCUUUCAGUUACUGGCCCAAUGCUCUUAACCGCUAGAAUACCUGCCGCUUACUGUGUUGGCUUAGUCUUAGGGAAUGUAGUCUGAUGCUGCGCUAAACAAACAGAAAAGCAAAUGGCCGCAGUAGUGGAGAUUCAGCACCAUGGUUUAUCAAUUCCCUGCGGAUCAUUAAAAUCAUGCUCUCACUUUUGUUAGUGUAACAUCAUGGAACAACGUUGCAAAUGUCUAUUUCCUUGAGUGCUUCUGCGGACACAAUGUAUCAGCCGUUUUGUUAACAGUGAGUAGCAGUUUAUAUUUUGGAGCCUCUGCCAAAGCUAGUUUGGAGAUUUUUGAACGUGAGAUUGAGAUUCAACGCAGUUAUGGUAAGCAAAGGUCACAUGUAGUCUGCUACAGUUUCAUGAUAGUCAACAAUGCCAGUUAAAGGGAAUCUAUUGGGGUCUUGUGUUGCGUAGUCUGAAUUGGUAGGCCGCUAGCAUUGUGAUCAGUGGUCUAAUGUGUGGAUGAAGUCAGAUAGUUCAAAUCUGUUUAAUAUUUUUCCAUGGAAAUUAUAACGUAUUUUGUAAAGUAUUCAGAUCCCUUGACUUUUCCACAUUUUGGUAGGUUACAGCCUUAUUCUAAAAUGGAUUCAAUUGUUUUUCCCCCCUCAUGAAUCAAAACACAAUACCCCAUAAUGACAAAGCUAA